ACAAGUCUGGUGAUUGCUGCUACUGCCACUACGACUGCAUGGCCAGAGCCUCCUCCCGCCAGGGAAGAUUCUGUUUGCUCCUGUCUAGAAGCAGCUCAUUUGCUGGUCAGACUUUCAGAGAAGUCUCCUCAGGCUUCUCCCUUCCUGUUCCAUCCUGUUACAUCAACGGAUGUGAAAAGAGAUCACAGAAACCUGCCACCAAAUGGAGCAAAACAACUUCUGGACAUCAGGACAAGGAGAUCUCUGCUCAGAGACCAUUAGUUGUGGGCAAAAAGCACUCAGUGUGGGCUACAAAAGAGAGAAGUGUGUGUCUGGAGACACUGGGGCAAGGAGGUUGGCAUCAGUGUGAAGUGCACUUGUGAAGGCCAUGGGGUGUCAGAAUAAAGAGAAAAUACAAGUGCGUGUCCACUGGGGUGAGAGGGAAAGAAAACAAGCAGACAACUCCAAGGUGCUGUCUGGUGAAAUGUGUUGUGGUCCAGAGGACAAUGAAGCCUUGCAGAGGGUCUGCCGGCGGUGGCGGCAGCUGGCGCGGGACCGAGCGGUCUGGACGCAUGUGGAUCUGAGCCCUCACCGGAUCACCCGCCGCACGCUGUGGCACCUGGUGCGCCACCGCCUCCCCGACAGCCUGUGCACCCUGCGGAUGCGGGGCGUGCCCCGCUCCGGCGGCAAGCAGCGGCUCCUCUCGCCGGCACUGCUGGCCGCCCUUCGGGAGCGCUGCCCCCAGCUCCAUCGGCUGUGCUUGACCGAGACUGACCUCCGCCACGUCCCGUACGAGAGCAUGCCCGCCUCCGUCACCACGCUGGAGCUGAGCCUCUGCGACAUCCCCGACGCCUGGUUCUGCGUGUCCCCUUCGGUGCCACCGCCACAGGUACAACACCUCGCUAUCCACAGCGUUCCCACCUUUUCUGACCAUCAUCUUCUUGACGUUUCCUCACAGAACCGCUUGAAGACGCUGAGCCUUUGUGGCACCUACCGCAUCACUGAUACGGGGAUCCAAGCAGCGGCUCCACACCUGGAAGAGCUUGAGCGCCUGAUUCUGCGGCACUGCAUCAUUGGCGAUGCUGCCAUGGUAUUCAUCGGGCGCCACAUGAAGCAGCUCCGCUACCUGGAAAUCAGCAAUGCCUACUUCCUGACGAACAGGGGGCUGGUUGCCAUUGUGACACUGGAGCACCUGGAGACCCUGUGCCUUGACCUCUAUGAUUUGGUCUCCCUUGGUACUGUUAUCGCUUUGUUGCAAGUGCUGCCUCGCCUGAACCACCUCAAAUUAGGUGGAACUUGCUUUGAAGAUGAACUCCUCGGUAAAAUUCAGGAGAAUUUCCCACACUGCACCAUAUCUCACACUCUGUGACAGCCUGAAGUUCUAUCCUGUAGCUUUGGGACAGAAUUGGCCUAAAAAUAAUACAGUUUUUCCAGAUAAAUAUGUUAAAGGGCUUGUCAUGUAAAUAAGUUUUUUAACAAGCUUUUGGUAGGAUUCCCCCCUCCUUGUUUUCCAUGGAUCAGAGGAAUAGGAAAGCUGGGAAGCACACCCAACCUUUGGGAACCCUACUGACCAAAACCUGGCUGGGGUGAUGACAAGUUUAAGCUCUGUCUUCCCCUCUUUUUUUCCACUGACGAGGAUUAGGCAGCAGCAGCUUAAUGAAGGCAGAAUUCAAGGAGUGAAGUGAAGCAGCCUUCUGUCACGGAAAAAACAGACCUGGCAGCCAAAACCUCACAAUUACCAAUUCCUUCUCCUUUCCUUCAAAUUCAGAUCUUCAAGUCACUUGUCAGACUGGUCAUGAGGAUUCCUGAACACCUGGUCCCAAGGGUGGGACCCUGUUUGCCCCCAGGCAUUGCUGGGGCUGCUGUUUCCUCUGGGUUUUGCUGGUAACAUCCAUAUUUUCUCAUCACUUUUUACUGUCUGUGUUCACAUCCUCUUCCUCCCCCAUCCCCCAAUAUCCUAACACCAGAUAGCCACCUCAAUGUUAUGUUGUUAUUCUUAAUUUUUAGUUGAUAUUUUAAAGCAAAUAUUGUAUUUAUUUAAAAAAACUU